GUUGGAGUAAGCAUCUGCAUCUCAUAAUUCCUGAACCGAGUCGUCGUCUUUAACCAUCCUUAACACCGGCAACUGAACUCCAGCUGUGAGCAAUCGGACGAUAAUCUCUACAUUUGUUAAAGCCUUGCAAAUGAUGAAUGCAGAAUCCGUGAUCAAGCGUCGGCAUCAUGUGCGAGAUGCGACCACAGCUGAUGCACCCGAGGACGAUUUGCUAGGGGUUACCGAUCCGGUACUGCGGCGACGCGUACAGAAUCGUCUGCACCAAAGAGCCUACCGUCAGCGUCGAAAACCACGCAUCACAGAGGUCAGAUUGCCUUCUCAUUGCAGAACAAUUCGAGCCGUUGCCACUCCCGAUCAAUCCGAAGUUCAGGCAUUGCCUCACCGUCUCAUCGACCACGACUCUAUUUUCUACAGCCUUCCCGAGGUGGAUCCCAGGCGAUACACAUACGCCCCUCCCAAUUUCCAUACCCUGGUGGUCGAAUUUGAGAAACGCGCCCGGGCUGCCCACGCUAUGGGCUCACCCCGGACAGAUCUCCUUCUCAGCCUGAGCCGGCUGAACGUAAUCCGCGCAGCGUACCAGAACGCGGUCAUCACCGGCAUGACUAUCGAGUGGAUGUGUCGCGAUAACGCAGUUUCAAUUUUUAGCAUAAAUGGCCCUCACUCACCGCAGUAUACCUUGAGCGCGAUCCCAGAGCGGUUGCGGCCGACCCCCGUGCAGCGCACUGUGCCGCAUCACCCUUGGCUCGACAUCUUCCCUUUUGAGCAAAUGCGGGAUAAUCUGAUCCGCGCUGGGGAUUUGUUGGAUGGUCAUGGGUUCUGUCAUGAUUUAACUGCUUUCUGGGAUACGCAGAGCAGUAGCGCGACGUUGCUAGUUUGGGGGGAUCCGUGGGAUCCAGCAAAUUGGGAGGUCACGGAGGAGUUUGCGAGGAAGUGGGGGUACUUUCUUCGCGGAUGUCCGGACAUUCUUGUUUCGACGAAUAAGUGGAGGGCUCAGAGAGAUGAGAAGCCACUCGCUUGGCGGAGGGUGUUCGGUGAUUAUCUGGGGUAGAUGAGAUAUCCAGAAGUUAUGGUUGCAACUUAAGCGACGGAUACUCGCCUCGUGGAUAGGCGGUGUUCUGCAUCUCCGGGUAGGUAAUGGGUGCAUGCUUACAUGACCAAUUGAUGAUCAGAAGGACUUGGUUUUUGUUUUUGACAGCAUCAACUAUCUGCUCUGUCAGUUCAUUUGCCAGGGUGUGCCAUGGGAAUACCUAUGCUUAGACCCACUUUAAAAUCCGAUGCUUACAGAUUGAGUCUCAUUGGCCCGAC